CCUGCGCGGGCUCGCUUUGCUCACGCGCCAAUCUACACGGCUACGAGCCCGACGCAGCGCGAGAUCAGCGUUCGCAGUCCUGUCCGAGUCACUUGGUCCCCAGAGGAGGCGAGCCCGGUCGCGCGCCGUGGCAAAUUUGUAACCAGUAGCGAGAGGGUAGCUCUCUUAAACGCCAUGGCGACCUUCACCAGCACAAAGCCCUCGGAGGAAGAAACGAACAAGGUCUAUGAUCGGCAGAUUAGGUUGUGGGGCGCCGACGCGCAGCGCCGCAUCCAGGCGAGCCGCGUCCUCUUCCUCGGCCUCGGGCCCGCGAACGUGGAGCUCUGCAAGAACCUUGUAUUGGCCGGCUUCUCGGCGACGGUUGCCGACCAUCGGAAGGUCGACGCGGCGUCGCUGGGCUACAACUUCUUUGCGGAUGCCGAGAGCAUCGGCAAGGGCGUCGGAGAGGCGUCUGUGGAGAACAUUGCGGAGCUCAACCCCUUCGCGGACGUGAAGAUUGGUUCUACUUCUUCUUGCAGCGAUGCAGCAACGGCGGAGAAGCUGGUGGAGGGUCAUGGGGUGGUCAUCGUCGACGUGCCUUGUACUAGAGGUAGUGAGGAGGAAAGGAAAUUGAUUAAUGAGGCCUGCCGCAAGAGUGGCGCGAAGUUCCUGGCCGUGCGCUGCUCGGGGGACGGCGCGGCGGCUUUUUUAGAUUUAGGCGCGGAGCACACGUACGUGGUCGAAACGGGAGAGGGGGCCAAGAAAACAACAUCAGCACCGCAAAAAGCCUCGUACUGUUCGUAUGCCGACGCUGUCGGUGUGGCCUGGGACAGCGUAAAGAACAAGAAGAUGGCGCAGCCGCCAACACCGUUUCUGUUGGAUCGGCUCGACGCGCUCUUCGCGGACCGUCCUACCUCAAAGAAGCGGUCAAGAGACGAAGGCGACUUCGUGGCCUUCGCGCGGCGGGAGCUGGCGGCGCGGAGCUUAGGGUUGGACGACACGAUACUGGCGCGCCACGCGCGCGUCGCGGGGAAAUGUCCGGCCCAUAUCGCCGCGGUCGUCGGCGGCGUCCUCGGCCAGGAGGUCGUCAAGGCCGUGUCCGGCCGGGGCGCGCCGACGAACAACGUCUUCGCGUUCGACGCGGCGACGGGCUCGGGGACGGCUUUGUUCGCGUCGCCGGUCGAGCGCGCAGCGGCGCCGAAGGCGGCGGUUCCGGUGGACGCGAUCGAGCUCUGAUCGUGUUCUGGGGGCGUAACUAGUGUGAAAUGCGAA